UUCUUCAUGUUUUUCCAAAUUUAGAACACUAACUAAAACUCUCACAAAAUCCCAUUGCAAAACAAAAGAAAAGGACCAAACAUAAUCCAUUUCAGAUUUUGACUCUCCUUUUUACUUCCUCUCUUGCUCCUAUAUCUUCUACUGUCUCUUCAAUUUUGUUUCUUUUUUCCCUUAAAUCUCUUACACAACCGAAACAAUAUAGACAAAACAUAUAGGAUCAGAAAAGAAAAAAGUAACUGGUUUGGUUUCUUUGUCUUCCCCCCCCCCCCCUCUUGUAAGAUCUGUUUCAGAGGAAAGAUGAAGCGACUAAGAGAUGAUAUAUAUUCUGGUUCCCAAUUUAAACGUCCCUUUGGUUCUUCAAAAGCUGAAUCCAAUGGGCAAAACCAGAUUCCAGGUGGAGGUGGAGAACGGGGAAGUGGAGGUGGAGCAGUGGGAGGGGAAGGGGAAGUUGCGGUGCAGAAACUGACUACAAAUGAUGCCUUAUCGUAUCUAAAGGAAGUCAAGGAGAUGUUUCAGGAUCAAAAGGAGAAGUACGACAUUUUCCUUGAAGUCAUGAAGGAUUUCAAGGCUCAAAGGACUGACACAGUUGGUGUCAUUGCCCGAGUAAAGGAAUUAUUCCGAGGGCAUAACAACUUGAUUUACGGAUUUAAUACCUUUCUGCCAAAGGGAUAUGAAAUAACCCUUGAUGAGGAAGAGGCUCCACUAAAAAAGACUGUUGAAUUUGAUGAAGCAAUCAGUUUUGUAAACAAAAUAAAGAAACGUUUCCAAAAUGACGAGCAUGUUUAUAAGUCAUUCCUGGAUAUCUUGAAUAUGUACCGGAAGGAGCACAAGGACAUAGAUGAGGUCUACAGAGAGGUUGCUUCUCUUUUCGUGGGCCAUCCAGAUCUGCUUGAGGAGUUCGCUAGAUUUUUACCCGAUGCUUCAGCAGCACCUUUGACUCAACAAGUACCAAAUGGUCGAAACUCAACUCAUCGUUAUAACGAGCGAAGCUCUGCAACACCCACCUUGCGGCAUAUACAAAUGGACAAGCAACGUCGGAGGGAUAGGAUUAUUACUUCCCAUGCUGAUCGGGAUCUCAGUGUUGGUCGUCCAGACCUGGAAGAUGACAAAGCUAUGGUGAAAAUGCAAAAGGAGCAGAGAAAGCGCGUGGAAAAGGAAAUUAGGGAUCGGAGAACUCGUGAUCAGGAUGACCCUGAGCAUGAAAACAAUAGGGAUUUUAACAUGCAGCAUUUUCCUGAUAAAAAAAGAACUGGAAGGAAGAUUGAAGGAUUUGCUUCUUAUGAUGAGAAGGAUACUUUAAAAAGCAUGUGCAACCAAGGGAUCGUAUUCUGUGGGAAAGUUAAGGAAAGGCUAUGCAGCUCAGAUGACUACCAAGUGUUCUUAAAGUGCCUUAAUAUUUACAGCAACGGAAUAAUCAAACGAAAUGAUUUGCAAAAUUUGGUGACUGAUUUACUUGGCAAGUAUCCUGAUCUUAUGAUUGAGUUCAACCGGUUCUUGGAGCGUUGUGAGAACACUGAUGGGCUCCUGGCUGGUGUCAUUAGUAAAAAAUCACUUAGUGGUAAUGGACAUGCAUCAAGGCUAUUCAAGUCAGAGGAAAAAGAUAAAGAGCAGAAACGGGAAACAGACAGCGCUAAGGAAAAGGAGAGAUACAGGGAGAAGUACAUGGACAAAUCAAUACAAGAGCUUGACCUUUCUAACUGCCAACGUUGUACUCCAAGCUAUCGGCUUCUGCCUGAUGAUUAUCCGAUACCUAUAGCAAGUCAGAGAUCAGAACUUGGUGCUCAAGUGCUGAAUGAUCAUUGGGUGUCCGUUACUUCAGGAAGUGAGGAUUAUUCUUUUAAGCACAUGCGCCGAAAUCAGUAUGAAGAGAGUUUGUUCAGAUGCGAGGACGAUAGAUUUGAGCUGGAUAUGUUGUUAGAAUCCGUUAGUUCAACUGCCAAGCGUGUCGAGGAUUUGCUGAACAGCAUUAAUGAAAAUGAAAUCAGUUUGGAGUCUCCAUUUUGUGUAGAAGACCACUUUACUGUUCUAAAUUUAAGGUGCAUUGAGCGUUUAUAUGGUGACCAUGGUCUCGAUGUAAUGGAAAUAUUACGUAAAACUCCUGCUCUUGCUUUACCUGUCAUUUUAACUCGCUUGAAGCAGAAGCAAGAAGAGUGGACAAAGUGCCGUUUAGAUUUUAACAAGGUUUGGGCUGAAAUUUAUUCGAGAAACCAUUACAAAUCACUUGAUCACCGCAGUUUCUAUUUCAAGCAGCAGGAUUCAAAGAACUUGAGUGCAAAAUCUUUAGUGGCUGAAAUCAAGGAGUUGAAAGAGAAGAACCAGAAAGAGGAUGAUGUUCUUGUGGCUAGCGUUGCUGGUCACAGACAACCCCUAGCUCCGCACCUUGAAUAUGACUAUUUGGAUGUCAGCAUUCAUGAAGACCUAUAUAAACUUAUAGAAUAUUCAUGUGAAGAGAUUUGCUCAACCAGAGAAGAGCUAAAUAAAGUCAUGAGGUUAUGGACCAGUUUCUUGGAGAUGAUGUUGGGUGUUCCUCCUCGACCUAGUGGCAGAGAGGUUACUGAUGAUGCUGGUAAAGCUCAAAGUCCUGCUGUAAACUGCACUGCAUCAAGCAUUGCUGAAAGUGAUGGAAAUCCCAGAGCUGUUGCUGCUGUUAGAUCCGGGCAACAGAGGGCCACUAGUGAUGGGGAUGGGAACAGUUUUCCGGAACUAACUAAUUCUUGCAGAAAUGGCUUGACAAAUGAGGAAACUAGAGUAGAAGAACGCUCAGAUCAUGUCUAUAGCGAUGAUUCGAAGCUAGAGAAAGAGAUCAAAUUUAUAGCUGAUAAAAGGCCUGUAAUUAACAAGCUUGCAACUGGACUUGGCACCCUUGCAAUUGAAGCAGAAAAUAAUCACAUUGGAAACAGUGUUGAAGGGGCAUCAGGGUGUGGUGCAACAGCAUCUAGACCUAGCAUUUCUGCCAGUGUGGAUCAUGAACCUGAAGCUAAUGCUGAUCUAGCACAUUCAUUAGAGGGUGGUGAUGUAACAAAACAUGGUUUAGUAGCAGCAAACGGAGUGCCUACUGAUGGAUCCAAUGCGAGUAGAUACCAUGAAUCUGCUGGUCCAUCGAGAACUGAGAAAGAAGAAGGUGAAUUAUCACCCAAUGGUGAUUUUGAGGAGGAUAAUUUUGUUUCUUAUGGUGAUAAUGGUGUAAAGGCAGCUUCAAAGUCAAAUCAUGGUGGUGAAACCAGACAGUACCGGUCUGGAAACAGGAAAAAGUUGCAUUACGAGGAUGCUGGAGGAGAAAAUGAUGCUGAUGAUGACAAUAGUGAAAAUGCCUUGGAGGCCGGUGAUGAUGCAUCAGGAAGUGAGUCUGCAGGUGAUGAGUGCUCUCAUGAAGAGGAGGAAGAGGUAGAAUGCGAUGAAGUUGAUGGUAAAGCCGAGAGUGAAGGGGAAGCUGAAGGGACGGCCGAUACACAUGUGGGAGGAGAUGGCGCUUUCUUGUCAGUUCCGGAACGGUUUCUUUUUACGGUGAAGCCUCUUGCAAAGCACGUACCUGUUCUUUUACCCAAAGAAGCUAGAAACAGUUCUUGCAUUUUUUAUGCAAAUGAUGAUUUCUAUGUUCUUUUCAGACUUCAUCAAAUCCUGUAUGAAAGAAUACUGUCUGCGAAAACAAAUUCAACAGGUUCUGAAAUAAAGUGGAAAAUUCCAACAGAGGCGACUCCUACAGAAUUAUAUGCCAGAUUUAUGAGUGAACUGUACAGUCUGCUUGAUGGAUCUGCUGAUAAUGCUAAGUUUGAAGACGAAUGUCGAGCUAUAAUAGGAAACCAAUCAUAUGUGUUAUUCACAUUGGACAAGUUAUUAUAUAAAUUGGUUAAGCAGCUUCAAGCUGUCUCAGCAGAUGAUAUGGAUACUAAGCUUCUCCAGUUGUUUGAGUAUGAAAAAUCCCGGAAACAUGGGAAGACAAUGGAUUCUGUUUAUUAUGAGAAUGCACGUGUCCUCCUUCACGAAGAGAAUGUUUAUCGAUUGAAAUGUUCGUCUUCGCCACCUCGUUUGUGUAUCCAGCUGAUGGACAAUGUCAUUGAAAAGCCAGAGGCAUUUGCUGUUUCCAUGGAACCUAACUUUUCAGCUUUUUUGCACAAUGAUUUUCUGACGGUGUUUCCCGGCAAAAAGGAGCCACAUGGCAUUACACUAAAGAGAAACAAGAAAAAAUAUGCAACCCUGGAUGAAUAUGGUGCUACAUGCAUGGCCAUGGAAGGUGUUGAAGUGGUUAAUGGUUUAGAGAACAAGAUAGCUUGCAACUCAUACAAGAUUUCAUAUGUGUUGGACACAGAAGAUUUCUUCUUUCGUAGAAGAAAAUCACCACAACACAAAUCUUCAAAUAUUUAUCAGGCAAAAGUACAAAGGUUCCAUAGGUUUUUAUCUGCUUCACAAUAAUAUACCAUUCUUUGUCUCGGACCAGCACAAAUGAAGCCGUUGGUGCAAUGAAACCUUGACAGGCUUCAGAAACCGGAGACUAUGUUUAAUGUAUGUUCAUAUAUGGUGCUGGUUGGCCGUAGUAAUAGUGAAACAAGGAAAGAAUGGUUAGGAAAUGUAGCAUUUUGGUUAUAUCAUAUGAGCAAAGGAUCUGGGUCAUUAUUGUGUAAAUAGAGUUUGUUCUUUUUAUAAAAGGGGAAAAAAAAUCUGUUUAUUAACGUUGCUUCA